GACCAGGGACCAGGACCAGGACAGUUGUUAGUUAUAGUCCGCUGUGACUGGGAGCACAGUGCCCAGGAAACUGUACAGUAACCCCAGCGUGAAGUCUUCUGUCGCUGCCAUGGAGAGUCCCGGGGAGUUUGCUGUCGGGAGCGGCAACGCAAACCACAAGCGACUCUCUCCCUGUUAAAUGUGACAGAUACGGUUUGAAGAAACUUAUUUCGCGGACUAUUUUGGUCAGUUUUUAAAACUCUUUCUGGGACUGUAGUUUACGUCUUAGUGUUGUGAAAACGCUAAAGAAAAAGUUGUUCCUCCACCCUGAGGGAGCCCCGGACGCCUCGGUCCUCCCUCCACCCAGCACCGGCAUGACCCUCGGCUCGGUGGCCGGCUCCGACGCCUCGUCGGCGGCCAGCUUCUGCUCGUGCUGCGGGGCGAAGAUGGUGCCCUACUUCAGCGAGGACGCGCUGGGCUCCAACAACCACAUGGACCAGCUCAUCAAUGAGAGCUUCCUCACAGUUAAAGGCGCCGCGCUCUUCCUCCCCAGGGGUAACAGCCCCACGCCAAACUCCACGCCUCGCAUCAGCCAGCGCAGGAACAAACACACAGGUGACCUCCAAAAGCAUCUCCAGACCAUGUUCACCGUGCUGCGUCCGGAGGACACCAUCCGACUGGCUGUGCGUCUGGAGAGCGCCUACCCUCAGGUAACCCGCUACAUGGUGGUGGUCUCCACCAACGGCAGGCAGGACACAGAGGAGAGCAUCGUGCUCGGCAUGGACUUUGCCUCUGCUGAUAGCUGCUGUACGGUGGGGCUGGUUCUACCUCUAUGGAGUGACACUCUGAUCCACCUGGACGGAGAUGGGGGCUUCAGCGUGUCCACGGUGAGCAGAGUCCACGUCUUCAAGCCCGUGUCCGUCCAGGCCAUGUGGUCCGCCCUGCAGUCGCUGCACAAGGCCUGCGAUGUGGCUCGCUGCCACAACUACUACCCGGGCAGCCUGUUCCUGACCUGGGUCAGCUACUACCAGAGCAGGAUCUCGUCCAACCAGUUCUGCAUCAACGAGUGGAACGCCAUGCAGGACGUGGAGUCGCAUCGUGCCAAUUCACCCGUCCUCUUCACGGACGUGCCCACGGAGAGAGAACGCACAGAGAGGCUUAUCAAGAUGCGCCUCAGAGAAAUCAUGAUGCAGAAGGACCUGGAGAACGUCACAUGCAAGGAGAUCAGAACAGAGCUGGAGAUGCAGAUGGUUUGUAACUUGAGGGAGUUUAAGGAGUUCAUCGACAACGAGAUGAUCGUCAUCCUGGGACAGAUGGACAGCCCCACGGAGAUCUUUGAGCACGUCUUUCUGGGCUCUGAGUGGAACGCCUCCAACCUGGAGGAGCUGCAGAAUAGCGGGGUGCGCUACAUCCUGAAUGUGACCAGGGAGAUCGACAACUUCUUCCCAGGAAUGUUUGAGUACCACAACAUCCGCGUGUACGACGAGGAGGCCACCAACCUGCUGGAGUACUGGAACGACACCUACAAGUUCAUCACCAAAGCCAAGAAGGCCGGCGCCAAGUGUCUGGUCCACUGUAAGAUGGGCGUGAGCCGCUCGGCCUCCACGGUGAUCGCCUACGCCAUGAAGGAGUACGGCUGGGAUCUGGACACGGCCUUGGACUACGUGAAGGAGAGGCGCGCCGUCACCAAGCCCAACCCGUCCUUCAUGAAGCAGCUGGAGGAGUACCAGGGGAUCCUGCUGGCCAGCAAACAACGGCACAACAAGCUGUGGCGCUCUCACUCCGCCGGCGACCUGUCGGACCGUCCCGAGUCCAUGUGCAAGUCCUCCCCUCCUUCCCUGGGCCGCUCUCACUCCCACAACAACAACGCCUCCUCCUCCCCCUCCUUACACCACUUCCUGGGAGUGGCCGUGCUGCAGGCGCUCGGGGCCGGACCCCGAGACUCCGGCAGCUCCACCUCGCUCUCCGGCAGCGCGGGGGGGUCCCCCGGGUCGGACUGUGAAGAGCCGGCCCCGUUCCUCCUCCCCAGACCGCGGGCGGCCACCGUCGUCCCCGAGGAGCGGCCGGACAACUCGGCCAGCGUGGCCGUCACGGUGCCCGCGGCCCUGCCGCACCCGCCGCCGUCCCUGCACAUCCUGCCUCCCACCCCCGAGCCGCGGCGCGCUCACAGGGGGGCGCUGUCCCUGGACCUGCAGGGGGUCGCCCCCCUCGCUCCCCUCGCUCCUCUCACUCUGGGCUCCAGCGACUCGGACUCGGUCAUGCCGUCGCUCUCCGACUCCGCCAGCGAACAGCCCAGCCCGCCCGGCCCCGAGACCCCCCCCACGCCGCUCAACGACGACAACAACAACCCCAGCGAGCUGCAGGCCGGCCGCCCCCUGGACAGCCGCGGCGAGGCCGACGGCUCGUCCAGCCACAGCACCGACAGCAUAGACUUCUUCAGCGCCAGGGAGAAGUUCCUGGGACUGGCGCAGGACGGGCCUCGGACCCCCGCAGACCAGCGGAGGGAGGGGGCCGCCGUCUGUGAGGAGGAGGAGCAGGGCAGUCAGGUGUGCCUGCAGCCCGGGGCCAGCCCGGACCAGACCCAUCUCCAUGACAACGGAAUAUCAGUCCGCCACAUCGUCACAGAGAUCGAAGCCAUCCACCAGUCUUCCUCUUCCCCCACUACUCCCUCCUCCACCUCGUCUCCAUCGCUCCCGUCCAGCCAACCGGAGGAGGCUGAGCCUCCUGAAGUCCCACCCUCACUCCCCCCGUCUCCGCCGGCGCUGCCGUGCGAGCGGCCCGUGGGCGCGGUGCGGCGGGCCACGGAGCAGCUGGAGCAGCGGAUGAAGCAGGAGCAGGAGCUGGCGUCCUGUCAGCGCUCGCCGCUGCACUCCCCCGGCACCGAGCAGCCCCCGGGAACGCUGUCGCCGUGUCCCCAAAGCCCAGAACCUCCUCCUCCACCGCGUUCACCGCCGCAGCUCGCAGAACUAAAGCUCACUCAGGGAGAGGACACGGCUGAUGCUGAAGCCAAAGAUGGAGGGAUGCACGCGGGGUCUCACACGGAGAUUCAAAGACUCGACGACUCGGUUAAAGACCACUUCCAUGAACCCUCACUCCCUCUUAAUUCAGAGAUCCUCCCAGAGCCCGCCAUGCCGCUCACAUCCGUAGACAGCCAUGCAGUGACGUCAUCACCGGACUCGUCUCUAGAUACCUCAGCCCGGCUGCACAGCCCCGGGCCCCGGCCCCAGGCCGCCUCUCAUCCAGCCCCGCUGCAGGAGUCUGACUCUGAUCCCGGCCCCCGGGGCGGCCGGCCGGGCUGCGGCCCGGGCUGCGACGCUCAGAGCCGGCUGGCUCGCAGCAGCCAGGAGCUGGAGCACAUCCAGCAGACGCUGCGGGAGCUGCAGGCCUUCCUGCAGGACGGCGUCGGCAUGGAGGCCACGGACGGGCCGGGGCAGAAGGAGGACAUGGACACGGAGCAGGAGCAGGGGCAGGAGAAGGGAGGCGGCUCUGAUCCGCCCCCUCCGGGCCCGGCGGCAGCUCAGCCGCUCCGGGAGACGCGAGACGGGAGGGGUCCGGUGGGGCCAGCGGGCUGGCACCGAGCCAUGGAGCUGGAGGCUCGCAUCCGCCAGGCCGGCCUCACCCCCCCGUCGCUCAUGAAGAGGUCGGCCUCCCUCGCUAAGCUGGACUGCCUGGAGCUGUCGGCGGACGACCUCAGCGACCUGGACCUGAGGACGCACACCAGGACCAGCUCCCACCGACACCACUCCCCCUCGUCCUCCCCGUCCCCGUCCCACUCCGACGACACCUGGAAGAAGCAGAAGGUGUUUCCUCAGAGCACCGGCUCGUCCUGCGACGACACGUCCUCGCCGCCGUCCCCCCGCCUCCCCUCCGCCGCCCACGAACACGCAGCGACUAAAGCGGAGCGGGACGAGCCGGACGGCAGCGGCGCGGCCGCUACGGCUACGGCCCGCCAGCAGGGACGGGGACACUCGGCCAGACGCUCUCGCAAAGCUUCGGCCGAGAAAAAACCACGAGCCGUCGCCCCGCUGUACAACACCAUGUGACACAGGGCGACGGACGCGGGUGAACGUGACUGGAGCCGCGCGCUCGCGUGAAAGAGUCUGCAUGAUGUGUGAAAGUGUAGCAGGUUAACUGUAAUUACCUCCAACGUAUGAGCUACGACUGGCCAACACAUGUCUGCACCUAAACCACUGGAUGUGUUACUGCAACUGGACAGUUAGUCAACAGCAAUAUUCUCGUCAUACAUAUAUAUAUGUGUGUGUGUGUGUGUAUUUAUAUAUAUAGAUAUAUAUAUAUACACACACUGAUAAAAACAUGUCAAAACUAAGACUGAAUGGUGCAUAUCACGCACUCCAUUAGGGUUUUCUUGUUGUUUUUUUUAAAGAAGCAUCUGUUUUCAGUGUGACCCUCUCUGCCUGUUCAACAUUUCUGAAACUACAACCAGAGGGGCUCUUUCUCAGAACAUGCACUUUACUGUUUUGAUGAUUUUUCUUUUAUUAUUUGGAGUCUUUCUUACGCUGCGGAGGAUUUUUUUUGUUGUCGUUUUUUUUUUUGCACUGUUGUCAGUAAAUUUGUCUGUGGUUUUGUCUCCGAAGCGCAAAUACAUGUCUUUAUUCAGAUUUCUAAUUAAACCAGGACAAAGCUGA